AAUUAUAUAUAAAUUAUAUAAGUUAUAUAAAUUAAUGAAACAAGUUUAUUGAAUAAUUUAUUUGCACACAACUAAUAUUAUAAUUAUUUCAAAUAAUUCUUAACAUUAUACGUUUGUGAAAUGAUAGUAUUAAACUCGUACAUAGUAUUAAUAAAAGAAAAUAUUUUGUGCGUAUUUAAUUAUACGAAUUAUUUGAAAUAAUUAGUAACAAUUAUCACAAAUAAAAGUUUCUUGAGGAAAUAUUUUAAUAUUGAUUAUCAUUAGGAAUUAAUCUUAAAAUAAUUAUUAUUUUAAUAUAAUUGCGCCAAUUUUUGAUGAAUUUUUAAAUUAUUCUAAUUAUUACAACUUAUUUAUAAUCCUAGUGACUUAAAUCGCGCCUCUUUGGAGACACCCAGUAUAUCCUGGCGUUACCUUCGAGAUACUCCGCUUCCGUUCAAUCACAAUCUGUUUCCUUGAACGAGGCCCAUGUAUUGCGCCUCCGCAUUUACUUGUUGUCGCCAUACUUAUAUUGUCGCUAUUAUUUUUUUCCUUAGUUAUUAAUAUACUAUUUAAAAAGUGUAUAUGUGUAAACGCGCGCAUGUAUGUCUGACGUGUGUAUGAAUGCGUGUAAAGACUAGCAAUUUAACUAAACAAUCGCGUUCUAAUACGGUUGGCGGCUGCCCGAUGUAACAAAUGUUGUUCUUUUACGGCGAGAGUGAAGGACAAGGUAAAAUCGUAAGCCGCUUUUAAUUCUAAAUUCUAAUCAUCUAGAGAACGCGGAAAAUGUGUAAUAAAACAUCGUGUCAUUUACAUACUCUUUUGUAAUUGUAUGUACGUAUAUAUAGUAUACAUACUUAUAUAUAUUAUAUAUAUAUAUAGUCACAUAAGAGUUAUUCCGAUAUUUAUUUCUACGAUCGCGUUUAACGGCGCUUUUUCCACGAUUAAGGAUCGAUCUUUCAAGUAGACGUUCAAAUGUCGUCUUCAAUUUUAUAUACAAUGCGUCGUCAAUUAUUAAUUAAUUAUUAAUUAUUACUUAAUAGAGGCAUGUCUCUGAUCAAUUACGCUGGACUUCUAUAAACUGUUAAAACUUUUGUAAUUGCCAAUGUCAUAAACAGUUAUAUUGUUUGUUGAAUAAUUAUGACAUUUUACGUUAUGAUCAGAAAAAAAUAAUGGACCAUUCUGUAGAAGUUUAGAGAACGAAAGUAUCUGAAGCGCUUACGAACACUAAGCGGUUUUUAUAUCCUCUUUAUAUCAAUAAUAAGUAAUAUAAAUACGGUUUAUCAAUGAGAUAUAUCGAUAUCGAUAUUUUUUAAUAAUAGAUAUUAAAUAUGAAUAUGUCAUGUAUAAUUUAAUCAAUGUUUUUUUUCAUUGAAUUAAUGUUGAAUUAUAAUUAUAAUUAAAUUAUAAAUUUGAAUAUUAAUAAUGUUUUAAUAUUGAAUAAUAUAAUAAGGAAUAAUGAUUAAUGUAUAAUUAAUAUUCAUAAUAUGAGUAUGAAAAUUGUAAUUUAUACUAGCAAUAGACUUCACAAAUACUUUUCUUAUAUUCAAUAUCAUAUUGUCGUGUUCUCUGUGAUUGAGAUUUUCCAUACGUAUAAUAUUUUGUUGCAAUAAACCGACUGUGCUGUUUGAAGAAAUUGAUCAGAGACGGCUUACUUCGCAGACUUGUUACAAUUACUUUGUAUAAGAGACUACUUCUUCGUAAUUUAUAUAUACUUAUUCACUCCAAAUUUGCUCAAGGCAAUCCUUUUGCGCACCGAGUCAGAUGUCGAGAGAGAGACUUUGCAACUCUUCGGCCCUUUAUUUCUUCACACAGAAUCAUCACAAACGCUCGCGAAAGACUCGAAUCGAGCCGCUGUAAAUUUCGCGACAGAAUCCAAUGACAUUCCACAUCGGAUAGCUAACGAAGCCGAAGCUCUGCGCGGCUCUCCGAUACUCCGAGAGAGAUCCUGAGCGAGCAAAGCUGGAGCUAUAGACGCGAGGAUGAGCGUACUUAUUUAUAAUAACGUUGAACAUUUUUCGCGCUCCACUUUGAACAUUUCACGCCUCGUCGUGAGAGCAGUGGUCAGAAAUGUUAAACCUCGGGGCGCGUAGCGUAUGUAAAUAUACAUAAUGUACUGAAAUAUGAUUUAAUAACGAUGAUUGUAACCGGUAAAUUAAUUUGUGUGUGUGUGUGUGUGUUGCGUGUAUGAGUGUGUGUGCUGCGUGUAUGUAUGUAUGUGUGUAUGUGUGCUGCGUGUGUAUGCUGCGUGUGUGUGUGCGAGUCGCGAAGCGACAGAAAGCGACUACACAGUGUCAUAAUGUUGUACUCUACGAGGCAUAACUCUGAAUUUUUAUCGAUCGUAAAAUCCUCAAUAGAAGUCCUCCAUUAGCUGCAUUAUUACCCGCUGCGAUUGCUGCGACGCGACACUUGUUGUUUUUUUGUUGUUACACUCACAACGAACUGCGGGAAUGAAUCGUCCGUGUCUCUUAUAAGAUAUUGUAAUAUGAUAUCGGUUGCUAUUGUGGUGAAACGUCAGUGGAACGAUCCUCCUGCAUUUCGAUUACCCGUAGCGGAAUUCUUGCUUUCUCUCCCUUUCUUCGAUAUUUCCUUUAAUUGUAUACUAAGGAUUUUCUUUUUGGACUCUGAGGUUUAAGGACUUCUCGCACGUUUGAUAUUCGAGAAUCGGAAAAAAUCGAAAUCUUGUUCUCUUUCGAAUUUUAUGAUCUUCGUGUUUGUUUAAAUCUUUAGAUUUAUUUUGAAUUAUUCUCAAAUCUAUUUCUCGAAUUUAUCCUAUCUUGUAUUUAUUUCUUAAAAUUUUAGCUUCUCAAACGGAAUGUUGGAGAAUUCCGCGUUCUUGAGACUGAAUUCUUCCUUUCUGAAUUUGUUGAUUCUCUUUUAGAUUUAAGAACAUUACCUUUUUUUAACUUAGGAUUCUUCAAACUUCGGACCUUUGAAUAAAAAAAUUAAUUAAAUUUGUGUUAUUUUAAUUUCAUAUAACUUUAAAAUUAAAUUCUUUAUUUCGAAUCAUCUAAAUUCUUGUAUUUAAAAAAUAUUUUUUAAUCGUUUAGUUACUCGGCUUAUUACUGCCCCGAGUAUUUCAGUCUCGAUCAAUUAGACUGCUUAGUUUUUCAAUUGCCAUUUCCUUUUGCUCCUCAAUUUUUUGAAUCCUCAAAUCUUAAAUGUGUUUCUGCUCCUUAAGGACCUUUCACAAAACUGACUGAAUUAUCAUAAGUUAUAUAGCCAAUUUUCAACGAAUCACUUAGCCAUGUAACUACGAGAAGCGCCUCACACACGAUCUGAUUAAUCGCAAAAGUAGCCAGUAAAAUUUUUUAUGCCAAUUUCUCGUCAUUUCUCCUGAAUCAUAUUGCUCGAUUGUUUGACAGUCUUAUAGCAGUUGCAUAAUCACAAGGAAUCACAAAUCAAAACGAUGAAAUACAAAUUUGUAGUUUUGUAAAAAAUAUAGAAUAACAUUUUAAAAAGCGUUUAAAUGUUUUUAAUCUCAGUCUUUUGAAGCUUUAAAAUGCUUUUUUGAAUAUUACUCUAUGGCAGUUUUUUUUUACACAAAUACGUAAAUUUGUAUUUCUUUAAAUUUAGUAUCAAUUCGAGUGGUUUCCUCAAUUUUCUUGAGAUGAUUUAAAUUUGUGCUACUGUUAGAACAGUAAAUAUAAUUCAGUAUAAUUAGUCGUGAAUGGCAGACGUGUUUGAUUUUUAUCGUAUCUUUAGGUUUGAAAUGUGUUAAUAACAUUUUUUUAUCCAAAAACGUUAUCACACGCCUUUUCUACUUGCUUUUGUCAGAUCGCGUGUGAUUUGAGUCAUGUACGUGUUUCCAUUGAUUUUGGAAUUGUUGUUCACGCGUAAGAGAAGAGACGAUUGAAGUGAUGAUAAAUGUGAGAAGAAGACGAUCAUGGAGGUACAUGCGGAACGGCAGCUUUUUACUAUGUCUACGAAAAGUAUUGUCAAGCAAAUACUCUUGAACGUUUUAAUUAAAGGUAAUUCGUAAAGUACAUACAAUUUGAGUUCCAUUCACUUCUAAUUUUCAAUGUAAUAACACAAAUAAUCAAUUUGCAUGUUUCUGCGGUUGCUUGGAUAUAUUUGUUUGAUCGAUAUUUUGCAUAGAGUACUAUGCAAUGCAGGGUUUUACAACGGACAAGAACGGAAGUUAAUAGUUAAUAUCAAUUUUGAAUGAAAUUUAGAUAUUAUGGUGAUAGUUAUAAAAGAUUACCAAUGGCGACAGACGGACAAAAGAAUAAUAAUUUACGUGCCUCUAAAAAACCACCCUAAAAAGGUGGAUUUAUUUGUUAUGGAUAAUUACGUAAAGAUUAGUUUUUCGCCCUUUAUUUUGGAAUUAUUUCUGUGGAAAAACGUGCUUGAAGAAGAGAGUAAAUGUACCUUGACAGAUACAGAGGCUAUUUUCUCUUUGCAAAAAGCGAACAUGAUUAUCGAUUGGCCGAGUCUCGAGAUGGAAGACAUUAGCAAGAAUAAAAAAUGUCGUAUUAGAAAUCAAAUUUUAGAAAAAGCACAAAGCGUUCUGGAAAAUCGUGCGAAAUUAAGGAAAGAAAAACUUCAGAAUAUGCAAAAGGAAGCGGUAAAAAUACAGAUUAAUUUGGACACUGAUACGCUGAAUAAAAUAGAGGCUUUGAAAACCCAUCAUCGUAAAGCUGCAAUGCAGGAUUUCGAAGAAUGGCGAUUAAAUGCGGAAAUGCCGAUCCUCCAGGAUAUUUCUGGCAAAGUGCAAAAGAAUAGGAAGGCGUACAGGCCUCCACUCAAGUGGUUCAAGGAUGAUCUUGGGAUUACACAAUUUCGGGAAAUUGACGAGACAGGAGAAAUAAAUAAAGAAGCCGAAACAGAAGGAAAACAAAACGAAUCAAUAAUGAUGGCGGAAUUAAAAGAACUAACUGUUAAAGAAAAAUUCGAAAAAGAUUCAAUUAUUGAAAAAAAUAUGAAUAAAGAAUUAAUUGUUGAAGAAAAUAGGAAAACAAAUCUGAAUGUUGAAAAUACAAAUGAACAAUUAAUCGAAGAAAAUUUAGAAGAAAACUCAAUGACUGAACAAAAUCCGGAAAAUGUAUCAACAUGUAAAGAACAUGUAAAGGUAAAAUCAAUCGAUCAAACGACUUUAAGGAAAGACACGAGUCUUAACGAAAAUAUUGUGAAGGAAGCGAAUAAAAUCGAGAUAAAGACAACUGCAAAUCUAAGCAAAGAUGUUAAUUUUGAAGAAUGUUCUAUUUGUUCCGACGAUUCUGAAUCAGAUGACGGCAUUACGUCCAAGUCUACAACAAAUUCUUUAGUUAAGGAAAUGGAUCAGAAAUCCAUGCAAAAGUUCUAUAAAAAGAUGGAGAAACAAAGACCAGGUCAGGAUUUGAUUGACAGAGUACUGAAGGGUCGAUAUUCCAAAAUAAAUCAAAUAUUCGAUGAACCCACGAAGGCAGUGCCACUCCCUAGGAAAAGCGGAACGAUCAAUGUAACCUUUUCCGAACGGGCCUUUCCCACUCCGGCAAGAGAGAGCUCGUUAGCCGAAGAACAGGAAUGGCUUUCUAAGCAAGCGGAAGCUAGAAGGAAAAUAGGAUUUGUUACCGAAGAUCUUCGACCUGAAGAACAGGAUCCACAAUGGCUGAAAGACAAGGGCGAUGAUUUCUUCAAAGUCAAAAAUUACUUAGCUGCUAUCAGUGCUUAUACACAUGGAAUUAAAAUCAGCGACAAGAUGGCGGCACUCUAUGUGAACAGAUCCGCUGCACAUUAUGCUCUUGGAAAUUAUUACAGAUGCAUUGAAGAUUGUUCUAAGGUACUGGAACUAAUGGAACCAAAGUGCGAAAGCAACAGGGUGUCACGAGCAAGAUGUCAUGCUCGUCGUGGUGCUGCGCUCUGCAAAUUAUCUGCACCGCAGCAUGGAAUUCCCGAACUAGAAGCUGCUUUAAAGUUAGAUCCGAAUAAUGAGAGCAUUAAACGCGAUCUCUAUGCUGUUAGACAGUAUUUUAAUAUAAAGGAAGGAGACACGUGCGUGACUAAGAAUACACUCAGAUGAGGAAGCAGAUUGAAAUUCCUUACGCAGAUUGGACGAGAGUGGGUCAUUGAAAGACGAAAUUCACAUUACUUUGGCGAUCAUAUAUUUCAAGGAUUGAGUCAUCGAUAGAGUCAUCGUCGAGUGAGUCAUGGUAUUAAAGGGAUCGGAAGGAUAAUAACAUGCUGUGAAUGAAAUCAUCGAUAAGGGAACUCCCGAUGCAGGAAAGAAGAUAUCCUCGGCUAGGCGUUCCCACCUGCGUCACAGCGCGCCUUCACGAUGAUUAAGCCUUUCACAACGGGUGCAAAAUUACCUGGCACCGACGAAAUUCCUUCGCAGCCUUCGGCUGCAUCGUGCGUUGACUUGUUAAAUUAAAUUAUCUUCGAUCGACUGCAUACGUCUAUAUUUUUUUAUAAAAUACUUCUUUAUUUUUAAUUUGUGCAUUAAUUGUCGUCAGAUAAACAUUGAUUAAAGUUAAUUAUAUGCUAAAUAAUAUAAGAAAGAUAACAAAUUUGACAUUUAGAUUUUGGAACAAAAAUAUAAAUAAGUUGAGACCCAAACGAAACAAUUGUCUAAAAAGAAAAGCCUUGAUUUGAGUAAAAGUACAAAAUGUGAACAGGGUAGCAAUCGCGAUGUUACUUUACAUCCUGAUAAAGAUAAGUACACUUUUCCUGUUUUUUAAAUUGUCGAUCGUUGAUGAAAGCAUCACCAAUAAAUCGCAAUAAAUUCUUAUUACUAUUAUUCAGAUUAAUAAAGUAAAAUUUAUUGCUAAAUAAUUCAAAAGCGUGGGAGAAAGAGGAAACAAAAAGAUACUUUGUUUCUUUAAUGAUACACAUAAACUGACAAAAUAGCCAAUUACACGGUACUGUAGACACAUGCUUGGCACGUGGCCAUGAGAUUUCUGAUAAAGUGGCGCCUGUGCGGUAAGAAACUCCGGUUAGGCGCCGCGCCGCUCGUAUAAUUAGCCAAGCGCGAUAGAGAUCUGAGAACUUAACGAUGACAAUCGGAAAUAUUAGAUUCACUGGAAAUACAUUUGUUAUAUCUGAAUCAUCUACCUUCGAUUAAUUCCCGAGAAAAAAAGGAAAGGAAUUCAUUAUCCUAUUAUAAAAUAAAUUUCAAAAUUAGAAAUCCCAAAAUAGACUGAAAGUAAAGUACCUUAAACUUACUUUAAAAAAAACUUAUAACUUUACAUUAUUUGUUAUAUUUAUAUUUGUUAUAUUAUUUGAUAUAUUUAUUUGUGUAAUUCAAAUGUAUUUAAAUCAGAAAGUAUAUAAUAUUUAUUUCUUUAUUAAUUGAAAUUGCUGAUGCAACCUUGACAGAAUAUAGACAAAAGCAAGUGUCGCAAAAGACUAUUUAAUUGAUAGUCAUAUUAAUAUUCAAUAGCUGAUUUGCGUAAGAAAAACCUUUUGAAAUGCAAAUAUAUUACGGAUAUCGCAUACUGUUUCAUCGUUGCUGAGAGAUAAACGUGAUUAAUAUUGAUUUCUUCGGCAAUUUGGUUUUUCACCUGUCAAGAUGAUGCGUGUUAUCAUAUCUUUGAGUUUUGAUUUCUCUCUCGUAAAUUCAUAUUUUUCUCAUAGAACGAGUCUUAACGCGUAACUAUUCUUAAGAGAAGCCAAAGGCAGAAGUUACACGUGCGGAUAAUUUUAAAAUUUAAAUUGAUAAUAGCGAAGCGAGAAUAGAGCGUUAAAGAAUUUAAUGUUGAGUUUUAUCAACGUAGUGAGUAAAAUUUGAAAUUCUUUUAUGAAAAAUAAAUAUAAUUACGUUACACUUUAUUAUCGAAAAAUUCAAAUUUCUCGUUAAGGAAUUAACGAUAUUGUGUUCAUUUUCUUCUAGCAUUCUGUAUUUAUUAAUAAGAGCAAGAUUCCAUGAAGAAAAGUACCUUUUUUCCACGUGAGAACGAAGAAAAAGGUCAUUUUAUAGUUCGUGGAAGUUGGCAAAGUAACUUGAAGCAAUCAUCAUUCGCAGGGAGAUGAUUUCGUCUCUGUCGCUAGAAACGUUCAGUCGCGAAAGAUGACUUUUAAGGCCAUCACACAAUGCCAAGCAACAGGUAAUAAGAACAGGAAAUAAAGAGAGAAAGAGAGAAGAUCCUUUCUCUCUUUCUCUCUUUCAUUAUUUCUGUUCCUAUUUCCUCUUGCCUGGCAUUGUGUUUAGGCCCUUAGUGUAACCAUUUUGCGCAAAAGCCAGCAUUUAGCGUUCGUUCAAACGAACGAAUAUUUCAAACUAUUCGCCAUAAUACUUUUCUGUAAAAGAAAAGAGAAAUUUAACUUUUCCUUUAUUGUCCAUCGAUUAUAAAAAUACUAAAAUAAUUAAUUUUUAUUUAUAUUAUUAUACUAUAUUAUCAUCGUUUUGUUGUGACAUUAUUAUUACUUAUCAUUACUAAAAUAAUUCGUUAUUAAAACAAAUGUUUGUUAUCUGUUUUUAUCUAUUCCAUAAAGUUGUUAAUUUAUAUAGUCCUUUCUUUUAUUGUCUAUUUAUAUUAUAAUUAAAUUUUAACGUAAUCAUAUGCAAUUAAUAUACAUGUCUUAAAUUUAAACCGGAAUUUCUUUUCGUAUAGAUUUUUAGAAGAGAUUUCUUCUGUACCAAAAAUCAAAGCAAAAUCUCUUUAAGAGUUACAAAGAUUUUUCUUCGAAUUAAAUUUUGGAGAUCUAAAGACUAUAAUGAAACUAUAUUUUUGAGAGUUAAUUUCAAAUGAAAUUUAAGAAAGAUUAAAGUAUAAUUACAAAGAUGUAUCAUAUAAAAAAAUGGAAGGUUGCAAUAAAUGGCCUCUCUUAACAAUUUUUCUGAAUAUAAAAAAUUAAUUCUAAAAA